AUGCUCGACUGCCUCAUGGGACGUGACCGCAACGAGUACGGGAAGAACAAGAAAGGCGAUUAUUCUUUCAAAGACGAUGAAGUGUGCAAGUUCUUCUUGCUCGACUACUGCCCGCACGAGCUCUUCCCCAACACUCGCAGCGACCUAGGACCGUGCCCGAAAGAGCAUCGCCCAGACUUGAAGGAGGCGUUCGAGAAGGAUGAGAACCACGAGUACUACAAGGCGAUGUACGAACAGGAAUUUAUGAAGUUUUUGAAGCGGCUAGUCGACCAAAUGGAAAGUCGCAUAAAGAAAGUCCAGCAACGCAUCGACGCCAACAACACCGCUACCGAGCUCGACAAGGAUACGGCGGAAAAGGUCAACGCCGUCAAUGCUAAGAUUUCCGAGCUGUUGAAGAAACAAGAUGAAGCGGGAGCGAAGGGUGAGAUUGAUGUGGCGGAGAAGCUGAACGAGGAAGUUGCUCUGUUGCAACGCGAAGUUCAACGCUUGAAGAAUCCGCAUGCAGACAUCGCCACGAUUCGCGAAAGCCAGCUCCGAGUGUGCGCAGUUUGCGGGGCGUUGCAGAGUGCGGGCGACGCGUUGUGUCGGUACGAGAGUCACGCGAGCGGCAAACAGCACCGGGGCUUCGAGAAGAUUCGCUCUUCUCUGGCGAAGCUGGUGGAGACCGAACGGGAGAGAGAGGCAGUGCUCAGUCGCGGUUUGCCCGGAAGCCGGCGAGGCGCGUCGAGCGGGAACGUCAACAGCACAGAGCGGUCGCGCGGCGACGAGCGCCGAAGAGGCGAGAGCUAUCGAGGCCGCUCGCCGCUCAGCCGCGAUCGCGGGGCCUUCCAAGAGGACGCCAGUCGCCACGGGGAGCAUUUUUACCGAGGUCGGGGCAGAGACGAGGAAGACGAGCGCAGGCGGCGAGAGCCUCUGGGCACUGGAGAGCGUGGCAGCAGAUACUACGACGGGCACAGCCGCCCGUUCGCCUCGGCUUAUGGACGGGAUGGGAGGUCUGCGUACAGUCGCCGGGGCGGAGACGAGCACUCGCGGGGGCGGUACGGCGAGAGAGACAGAGAACUUGACCGCGAAGGCAGAUUCCGUGGGCGAGACUACCCGAGCGACGGGAGGCGCCGCGGCUACGGAGACUCUCGGGGCAGAGAUGACCGACGCUCCUGGGACCGGAGGGACAGAGAGGACGAGGCGCGAAGAGGCUCGGAGCGGAGUCGCGAGAGCUACAGACGAUACAGGGAUGACGGAGACGAGAGACGAGACAGAGACGCCGAACGAAGUCGCGAGAGUCACAGACGAUACAGGGGUGGAGACGAACGCGAGGACGAGAGAGGAGAGCGGGGAGAGAGGGGGGAAAGAGACGAGAGAGAGCGACAGCGAAGCCGGCAUUCGCGCCAGAGUCGGAGUGGCGAGCGCCACGAGGAAGAGGGGGAAGUUGGAGGGGAGCGAGACAGGGAGACCAAGAGGCGGAGGUACGAAGAGAAAGAGAGAGAGGCGCGAGAGAGGCGAGAGAGCGAGUACGCGUCCCACUGCCACGGCAAACCGAAGGACGACUCCCGGAAAGAAGAAAGCGGCCGAGAAGACUUGCCGUCGCGGCGCCUGUCUCCCGAAGAAUCGCGCGAAGAAGACAAGAGAGGACGAAGAGACGAGACACCUGAGAAAGAGGAGAAAAACGGAUAUGGGAAAACAGAGGCGCACGCGGCUGUCGAUGCGGCAUAA